CAAUUUAUAUGAAAAAAUACCAAAAAUUUAAUUCUAAAUAAUAUUAUUUCUCAAUAUUUCAAUAUAUUUCUCUACUUUUUUACCUGAAUAUUAAUACAUAGGUUUUAAUGUUUUUUCAUAGUUUUUAAAUUUUUUGGUAUAAUUUGUAGUAUAAUUAAUUUAAAAUGUACAACUUUAACAAUUGUUUAAUUUUUUUAUUGAUACAAUUAUAGUAUUGACAGUAUUAAUUCAUAAUGAGUUGGUUUAAUCAGUUCGAUGCAUCAGGAUUUGCAAAUUUAGCAAAAACUGCUUUAAAAGAAGCACAAAAGACUAUUGAUAAAGCAUUGGAUAUCAAAGAAGAAGAUGAAGAAGUAUCUGAAGAAGAAGCAUCAAAAGUUUUAUUCGAAAAAGAUUCUCACCAAAAUAUAUCCAAAUUGAGUUCGAGUUUAUGGAGCUCAUUUACAAGUUCAGUGUUUGAAAACGAAUGUGAUCCAUUAGAUAAACAAAAUGCUACAAAUCAAAGCAUGUCAUUAGAAUUAUCCAACUCAACCAUCAAAAGUGAUACAAUUGUUGCUAAUCAACCAGUUCGAUCUUCUAGUCAAACUUCAAAAUCAUGUGAACAAUUUAAUGUAAUUGAAAUUGAUUCUGAUACAAAUUUAGAUGUUUCUCAUAGAACAGAUUAUACAAAUUGUAACAAUAGAAAUCAUCUUUCGAUAUGCUCUGAUAGUGACCAAAAAUUUACACUUUCUUCUGAUCGUGUAGAUAUACUUGGAUCUACUUCUGUUACUACUUCUAAGUCAUCUGUAGAAAUAAUUACUCCUAGUUCUACUGAAAUUCAUGCUGUUACAACAGAAUAUAACAAGAUAAAUGAUAAGCAGUAUUCUCCUGAUAGUAUUGAACCAAUACCUGAAUUAAUUGAAGAUGAAGACAGUCUAACUUGUUCUACUUCAGAUAAUUUAACAUGCAUACCUAAUGAAGACAUUCCAGUACAAAAUAAUUCUGAAACAUCAGUGAAUUCUGGUGUAUUAGAUAUUUCGAGAGAAGAAUCUAUGAAUCUUAUUAAGCAAAAUUAUAGUCCUCAAACAAAUAUUUCCAUAAAAUGUCAUGAAGACUUUAAAAAUAUGCAAUGUUCUUUAAAUUCUAGCAAUUUAUCAACUGAUUUUUUAAAAAAAUCAAAUACUACUUUAGAAAAUAGUAGUUGUGAUGAUGAAACCAUGGUGGGAAGUUUACUAGAAGAAGUAGAGAAUUGUUCUGAAGAUGAUAAUCGGGAACAGUCACCACGUGUUUCAAUCGACAAUCAAUCAGACUUUGUAAAAAUUGGAUCAAGUGGAACUAACUCUUGCGAUGAACUUGAAACAUGGACUUCCUCUGAUAUAGAAGUUAUAUCAAGUCCUGCAACUAAUGAAGAUAGUGAAAGUAAUGCAUCUCAUCGUCAUAGUCCAGUUAAAUACCAUCAUUAUAAUUUACCAUCAAUAAUAUUAGGUCAUCAAGGAGUUGAAGAUCUCCAAAAAAAAAUUGUGGAACUAAAUUCUAUAGUAAAGGCUCGGGAAUCCAAACUUAUAGAUUUAAGUAAAAAAAAUGCUGAAUUAGCUGCUAGUAACUCUGAUAUGAAAAGUCAAUUGGAUUAUUUAAACUCUAGUAAUUUAAAUGAAGAAUAUACACAAAGGUUAGCAAAUAUGGAAAAUAAAUUUCAACAAGCUAUUAGAGAGAAAAAUCAAUUGCAGAAACAACUUGAACAAAAUAAAAAUGCAGCACAGUUAAAAAAUAUAAUUGAAGAAAAAGACUUGCUUAUUAAAGAAUUACGAGACGAAGGUGAAAAAUUGAGUAAACAGCACCUAAAUUUGAACAACAUAAUCAAAAAACUUAGAGCUGCUGAAAAAGAAUCCCUAAAAUCUCUAAAUAAAUACAAAGAUCAACAAGAAAAAUUAAAUCAAGAACUAGAAAGAAUAAAAAAAUCAUUAGUUGCAAAAGAAGAAAUGGAAAGAAGUCAAAUUGAAGCUAUUCAUCAAUUAACUAAAACUAAUCAAAGUUUAGAAAAAGAAAAUAUAAGUUUACAAAGUCAAGUUGAUAAUCUAACUUCAACUUUAAUAUCUUUACAGAAGAACAUUCAAGAUAAAGAAAAUUUUAUAGAAGAAUUACAAAAAGAUUCAAUAGAAUUUCAAGCUAUGAAAGAAAAUUUAGUAGAUAUUGAAAAUAAAUUAACUGAAAAAAACAAACACUGUAAACAAAUAGAAGCUGUUAUAACUAGUUUAAAAGCAAAUUUAUGUAAAAUUGAAGAAAACCACCACAUAGAGAUAAGUGAAUUAAAAAAAGAAAACAUAUCAUUAAUUAAAAGACUAGAAGAAUCCAAUAGAAAACAGCAAAACUCAUUACAAGAAACCAUAAAAGCGACCCAACCUCUUGUCAAAGAACUUGAAGAAAAAUCAAAUAAAUUGAAAAUAUUAGAAAAUGAUAUUGAAGAACGAGAGCAAUUGCAUCUUAAAACAAUUGAAAACCUGAAAACAACAUUAAAUAAUACUGAACAUAAAAUUUUAAUGAUGGAUGCUAAAAUUAAUGAAGUCAACACAUCUAGGAAAAAACUCGGAGAUCAAAUAGAUGAUCUUUUAAAAAGUGAAAAGCAGUUACAAGUUGAACAUAAAAAUUUAAAAGAAGAAAAUGAAAUUUUAAAAUUAAAACUAGAAGGUUUCAAUAAGCUUGAAAAUGAAUUUGUGUUAACAAGAAAACAAUUAGCUGAGGCUUUAUUAAAAAUACAUAAUCUUGAAAAUGAAGUUAAACUUGAAAAAGAAAAAUGUAACAUCGAGUUUGAAAAAAGAAAAAAACUUCAGAAUGAUAUUCAAGCUCAACAAAUAAUUAAUUCACAAGUAUCUCAUCACUCAUCUCCUACAACUAGUGUUGGUGUACCAUCAUUUGAAGAAUCUUCAUUUUGGCCUUCUUUUGUAGAAGAUGACAGAAGCUCAAUUACCGAAAGAACUGUUAGUGUUUAUGAUUCUAUGAGACCAUCUUUCAGUAAUACAACUACUAUUUUAGAGAAUUUACAAGCUCAAAUAAAAUUAAAAGAAGGAGAAGCUCAACAGUUGCAAUGGGAAUUGUCUCGGAGGGAACACGAAAGAGAUCAAUUAACAACAGAAUUGGCUUCUCUAACUACCAAAGUAGAAGAACAAUCUUUAUCUUUAGUAGAAUUAGCAAAUUUACAAAAGAGAUAUGAUGCUUUAUUGCAAAUGUAUGGUGAAAAAAUCGAAGAAAGUGAAGAAUUAAAGCUAGACCUUCAAGAUGUGAAAGAAAUGUACAAAGCUCAGUUUUUAAAAUCUGAAGAUCGAAUUCAUUCUCUUCCCAAUCUCACAGUAUUGAGUCUUUCGGGUUGCAGUAAAAUUACCGAUGACGGCAUAGAGCUCAUUGCAGAAAAUCUUCCGAAAUUACAAAUUCUGGACUUGUCAUGGUGUCCUAGAGUUACCGAUGCAGCACUGGAGUAUAUUGCGUGUGACUUAGUCGGCUUGGAGCAACUAGUUUUAGACAGAUGUAUACACAUAACUGAUAUUGGCAUUGGAUACAUAUCGACAAUGAUAUGCCUACAAGCCCUAUUUCUACGUUGGUGUUCUCAGUUAAGGAAUUUCAGUAUUCAACAUUUAUGCGGUAUGCGACAUUUAAGAAUACUAUCCUUGGCCGGAUGUCAUUUACUAACAUCUAGUGGCUUAUCAAGUUUAAUACAAAUGCGAAAUUUAGAAGAACUCGAACUUACAAAUUGCGCAGGAGCUUCUCCUGAACUGUUGGAGUACCUACGAGAACAUUUAUCAUCAUGCUUAAUUGUUAGAUAGAUGAUCCAUUAUGAUUUAAAACGUGUGACAAUAAUGGAAAAUUUGUGAAUUUUUAUUUUCCAUUUUUUUAUCAUGUUCAAUUUUUAAUUUAUGUGAUAUAUGGUUUAUAGAAGUUUCGUGUUGGCAUUAAUCGAAUGUUACGCCCAUACACAUAUCAUAUAUCCUAAAAAUACAUUUUUAUUUUACUAUCAAGGUUGUGUAUCACUAAUCAAUAAUUAUAUAAAUAUUUAAAAAUAAAUCUAAUUAAAGAAUUUGGCUUUAAUGUAAGUGGUGAUUUUAAUUAUUUUAGAAUUAUUUGUUUGAACUUUUCUUGAAUUACAAUAUAUUGUAAUUACACAUAAUAACACAAACCUAUAGAGUUGUGUUAGUAUGUGUAAUUUAAAAACAUAUGUUACCUAUUAGAUCUUGGUCCUUUGUCUUCGUUUAGUUUCAAUGACACUCUAAAAUAAUAAUAUUUUCUUAUUUAAGUAUUCUUUAAAUAAAAACAAAAAAAUUAUCAAUAAAAUUGACUCUUAUAAAUUUGGAUGUUGUGCAGUAUAAUUUACCAAUACAAUGAUUUAAAAAAUAAAAAAUUUUACCUCGGAAAGAAUUUAAUUUUUAGAAAUUAUUUUACCUUAAAACAAUAUAAACAUUUUUAGACAUUAUAUUUCAUAUAGAAUAAUAUGAAAUAUAUUAUUAUAGAAUAUAUUGAUAUUUAUGGAAUAUGAAUAUUGAAGUAAAUGCAAUGACUGUAUUAUAUUAGUUUUGUAGUUGUGACGAAUUUGCUAGAAAAGAUCUAUAAGUACUCUAGAGAUUUAAAAUAUAUAUUUACUGUAGCAAAUUUAAAAUUAAGUUAUACCAAUAUUAAAACUAAUAUAUUUCAGUUUAAACAUUGAAAAUAUUUUACUUAGAAUAACUGAUCCAGUUGCAUAAACUUAAUAAUAAAUAAACACUUCCCAUAUUGUUUAAUUUUUGACUUUCCAGCUUACUAAAGCUAAUUAUGAAAAUAAAGUAUCUUUCAAUUAAAUCAUAUAUUUAGUUUUUUUCAAUCAAAUUAAUCUAAGAGAUUAAUUUUUUAUUUAAUGUUGUUGAAAAUCAAACAAAUUUAAUAAUAUGCAAUUACUGUUUCUAUAAAUUAAUUAAACAAUUUAACUAGGUAAAAUAAAUUAUUAAUUAAAAUUAAAAAUAAACGAAUCCUUCAUUUUUUAAUAACUGGACCAGUUACUCCUAUUCAGAAUUAUAAUUUCAUAUUUAUACUUAAAAUAUAUUUGUUUUAAUAAAUAAAAUAUUAGUAUACAAGUAAUUAAACUUAAAAAGCUCCUCAUUCGAAAGGGAUCAAAGAGACAAAAUAAUAAUCAACACAUUUUGAACUUAUAAAACCGUAUACUUAGAAACGGUUUAUGGAACCUUUGAUAAAUAUUGCUCUCUUUGAAAAAAAAACUUUAAAAAUUAUCAAGUUACUCGAUAAAUAAUAAUAUUUAUUUUAAAUUUAUCGCAUGAUUUUUUUUUUUUCUAAACACUACUUUGAUCCCUUAUAUUUUCAAUGUUUGUUUACUCAUCAAGUAAAUCAGUAUUUAUUAUUAUAUUUAAAGAACAUAAUACUGAUUAGCUUCCAAUAAUAAAUUGAUUAUGCCAUAGUAUAACUGUUGUAUGCAAUUUGCGAUUGAUAAAGUUGUAUAUGAUUACUAGUUCAUUUUUAAUGUCACAUGCAAUCAAUUUUUUUUUAUUAUGGAGUAUUUUAAUAGAAACAGUAUUUUUGUUUAUUAUAAGAGUUUAAUUAAGAAUAUGUUAACAUUUAUGUAUAUCAAUAAAAGCGAACAACAAUCCUAUGAUUCAUAUAAUAUCCAAAACAAUUUAUCUUAAUUAAAUAUUGCAAUAUAUUUAAAUAAUGAUUGUUACCACUAACCAAAUAAAUUAGUUUUCAUUACUGAAUUCUAAAUUUUUAAUCAUUUAGGUUUGUCUAUUUUUAUUGAUAAAAAUAGAUCAUAUUUUUCUUUUGUGAAAUGUAUAUUUAUAGAUUUAUUCUUAUUGAACAUGAAAAUCAGCUAUGUAUAUAAUCAAAGACUGAAAAUGUGUAUUUUUUUUGACAUCUGUAACAAAAUGUAUGUUUCCCUACCAUAAUUAUAUGAAUUGAGUGUAUAUUAUAAAUGUUAUAUUUGCAAAUAACUAUUUUUAAACACGUAGAGAUACAGAAAGACAUUAUUUACCGUGAAUAAUAGAUUCUUAAAAGUAUUAGAAUUAAGUGUAGGCAAAAUAUUUUGAAGAUGCAUAAAUUAUUAUUAAUAAUUGGUGUUGUAUCUCUUUUGUGAAUAUUUUAUACCUAUAGAUACUGUUGGUUGUAAAAUUUAAUAUAUAUAUAUAUAUAUAACAAUAAAAAUAUAAAUGCAGUAUUUUAUCAA